UGGGAAGUGCACCAGGGAGCUCCAGGUGCCCAUUUGUUUCAGCGAUCCACUUGGGGAAUCACUGCGGGUCAGUUAGCCAAGAGUCCCCGGUUUCUGCGCAACAAAGAUCUGCACUAGAAUCCAGUAUGUCGAAUUUUUCCUCAAGAAAAAAGUCUCCUCCUGAAAAUGAUCCGAAGAGCACCCGGGAAACUGCACUGAGACAACAGGGUUUUCAUGAUGUGAACAAAAGAAGGGCUUUCUUACAGGAUAACAGCUGGAUAAAGAAGCUCCCAGAGGAAAAAGACGAAAAUUACGGCAGAGUGGUGCUCAACCGUCAUAACUCCCAUGAUGCCUUGGACAGGAAAAUAAUGGAGAGAGAUGAGCCAAAGGCCACAAUUAGCCGGUACAGAUCUGAGGACAUGCUGGACAGAACGCUGUCCACGUUUAAAACACCAGAAUCAACCAAGAUGCCAGCUGGAAGCUCCUUCAGUGCAAACUCUACUGUCACGGCUUCAACCCCGGCUACCACUCCUGUGAAAAAGAAGAGACAGUCCUGGUUCCCACCGCCCCCUCCUGGUCACAAUGCCUCUCCAAGCACAGGAGCCAGCAGAAGGGACCCGGCUUUUCACCCUCCACUACCUCCAAAGCCCUGUUCACCCAUUGCUUCUCCUAAACAACCGAGGCGGAAUAACAGGCAAAUACACACAGCUACAGCAGGGGCAUGUGGAGAAACCUAUAGACAUGCUGAAAGAAAUAUAAGGACUGAGGAUCUCGAUGACAUCAUCAGGGUGGCGGCCGCACUUCAGAAAACUGACAAGGGUGAAGAGUUGGACAAUCUCAUCAGGAUGAACAAAAGUUUGAACAGAAAUCAAGGUCUCGAUGGCCUCUUCCGAGCAAACCUGAAGGCACAGCAGUUGGACAAAAGAGCCCAGAGUCUUGAAAGUCUGAUCUAUAUGAACACCCAGAUGGACAGAGAUGGCAAAGGAAGUCAAGCCUUCGGGAGCCUUAAGAAAAUCAACCAAAGGGCUGACACCGACAGAGGAAGCCAAGAUCUCAGAUCAAUUAUCAGGACAAAUGCAACAGCGGAGAGAAGCAGCAGAAGAGGUAAAGAUGGUGAUAGUGCCGUGAAGAUCAACCCCAAAGGACAUGAAAGUACCCCUGGAAAACAAGGCCUCGACGGACUGAUGAAGGUGAACCCUGACACAAGUAAAAAUAUGAAGAGGGGCCAGAGCCUUGACAAUCUUAUCAAAGUCACCCCGGAGGUAAACAGAAGUAGCAAAGGGGGUCAAAGUCUUGACAAUUUCAUCAAAGGGGUUGCUGCGAGGAGCAGAGCUAACCAAGGGAACCAAGAACCGGACAGUCUCAUUAAGGUGACCCCGUCAACAAACAAAAGCAAUCAGCACAGUCUUGAUGAACUUAUUAACACAAGCCCCAAAGCUGUCAAAACUACUGCUGGACACCAAGAUCUUGAUAAGUUCAUCAAAGAAAAUCCUGAUGGUCUUACAAACAACCAAAGAAACCAUGAUCUAGAUAGCACCAUCAGAGGGAAUCCUACAGUGAUCAGAUGUGACCAAAGCCAAGACUUGGACAAUCUUAUCAAAGUGAAGCCUUCUUCUCUCCGAAACACAAAUGGAGACCAUGACCUAGAAAGUUUAACUGAAGUAAAUUCUCAUGUGUCUGAAGAGAAGAAUAUGAGGACAGAUGUCCAAGCCAAUGGAAUCACUAACAGUCUGCACAAGGAGUCCACGAGAACCUCUGUCUAUUCUUAUGAAACCAAAAACAGUCUCAGCUCCAAUUCUGGAACCAGGAAGGCUGGGCCCAAGGACACUGUUGUUUAUACAAGGACAUAUGUGGAGAACAGUAAAUCACCAAAGAAUGGGUAUCAGGAAAAUAUCUCAGGAAAAUAUAUACAAACUGUUUAUUCAACUUCAGAUAGGUCUAUCAUUGAAAGAGAUAUGUGCACUUACUGCCGCAAGCCCUUGGGGGUGGAAACCAAAAUGAUUUUGGAUGAGUUACACAUCUGCUGCCAUUCCACCUGCUUUAAGUGUGAAAUAUGCAAACAGCCUUUGGAAAAUUUACAGGCAGGUGACAGUAUCUGGAUUUAUAGACAGACGAUACACUGUGAGCCCUGCUACUCUAAAGUGAUGGCAAAGUGGAUGCAAUAAUGCUGACACAUAGACAUGAAGAUGAACAUCCUUCCUGAGGAAUUUAAAGCCGUCUUCUAAGAAUGUGUAAUCUAGAAAAGAUCUGCAUUGAACAUCGUCUCUUGUAUCAAAAUAACAGUUUUGUUGUUGCACAAAUGAUCUAAGUGCUUUGAAGAAGGUCACAUAUGUGAAAAGAACCAUCUGGUAGCUGGCAAAGUUUAGUGAUAAAAAAAAAAAACAUCUACAUAGUUCUAGUUACCUAAGUCAACGGCAGUGAGCAUUCUCAACCCUGAGCAGGUCAGCCCUGCUCAGUGUUUAGCUGCCCAUCCUGCUUUCCACUGUAACUGACUUUCUUAUCUUCUCACCUAUAUCCUCCUAAUAAUAUGUAUUAGAGCAUUAUUGACACCCUGACAAAUAGGAUGAUAGAAGCAAGAUACACUUCUUUUUCUACAAAAGAAAAUGCACAUAGAAAUUUUCUUAUAAAAUUUUGCUUCAAGAUGUCAAUGUUCCAAGUUGUUUGGACCUUAGGAAAUCACUUAAAGUUUCCAGACUUUUGGUGACAUUAUCUGUGACACCAUAGAUAUUAGACAAAAUGAUUUCUAAGUCCUUCUUUGCUUUUCCUAUCCUCUGAAUCUAAAGGAAAUUUGAGUUUCCUGUUUAGAAACAUGUUGAUCUACUUGUUAGCUAUGUUGGGGAAAUAUAAAUCAUUUCACCUAAGUGUCAUCCUUCAGUUUAUCGCAGGCAUAGCUUUUGAGGACCAUUCUUAAAACUGAAAUUAAUAGCUCUAUGGGUGACAGGUAAAAUCAGAUAAUGUGUAAUUUGUUAAAUUUUAUUUGCAUGUAUUUCAAACUCUGGGUGAUCAAAUAAUCGGAGAAGUAACAGCUAUGUAUUACAAACGUGUUAUAUAUGUUCAUGUUAUAAACGGUUCAUGUUUACAGAAGGCUCACAACAAUAAAAUAAACUGUCAGUUUCCGGAA